AUGUGGCCUUCUUUUGAUCGACAGAAUGUCACCAGGCUGCUUCAGCAGCUUGUACCCAGACUCCAACAACUCGACCUAGAGUACCCGGUCAUCGCCUCGAGAUGCGCGAUGUCCCCUUCGCGCGCUCAGAAGCUAGCCGUAACCUGGGAGGAUUGGUCUGAAAGCUUGCGUAGCCAGUGCAGCACCACCCGUAGGGCGACGACAACCGGCGCCGUGCAAGCUACACCUAUCUCUGAGACAACGGUGGCGUCCGCCGAGAUGUCAACGAUGGGCGACGGCCGAAUUCGAACGAAAGCGCAGCUUGCAACGCACGACCGCCUUGGCCCGCCCCGCCCUUAG